GUAUAUUCUAACUUACUUGAAUAGCAUGUUAUUUGAUGAGUUACUAAUCUUGGUAGGGCCUUUUGGGCUUUACCAAAAAAUCCUCAUUUUGGGGAGCCAUUUAUUUGGAUACAUAAGUGCAUGGCAAAAUCUGAAUCCUACAUUUAUUGGAGGUGAACCACAACAUUGGUGUUCAGUCCCUGAAAUUGACAGUCUUGGCCUGCCCUAUGCUGUUCGUAUGAAUCUGACUACCCCAACUGAAGUGAAGGAUGGGGAGACUGUCUACAGUAGCUGUAGGAUUUACGAUAGGAACUAUACAGGUAUAACAGGAGACAACUACCUGGAUGCAAUCAACUGGGACAACACAAUGACAAGGGACUGUGACACUUGGGUGUAUAGUAAGGAACUCUAUGUUUCAUCUAUUGCCACAGAGUGGGACCUUGUAUGUGGACGUAAAUGGAUGAAAUCAACACUUCAAUCUAUAUUUUUUGCUGGUCGUCUAUUUGGGGCAGUAUUCUUCGGCUUUGUUGCUGAUAGAUUUGGCAGAAAGAAAAUCUAUAUUGCGACAUUGCUGGGUACCAUAGUAACGUCAAUAAGCACAGCAUUCUUGCCAGAGAUCAUAUCAUACACCGUCUUCCGCUUCCUUACAGCAUGCUUCAUCACAGGAAGUACACAGACAAGCUACGUCAUUUUAAUGGAGCUGAUUGGUCCAAAGUACAGGGUAGCUGCUGGGACAAUAUCAUUGACAGGAUGGACACUUGGGAUGGUGUCUUUGGCAGGCCUGGCGUAUGCUGUCAGAGAGUGGCGAAGACUACAACUCUUAAUCUCUAUACCUAGUGUUGUUUUCCUAGGUUAUGUAUGGCUCUAUCCAGAGUCACCUCGAUGGUUGAGACAGAAUGGUAAAGAAAAGGAUGCAAAAGGAGUCAUCAAAGCAAUAGCCCAUGUGAACAAUGCAUGUGAUAAACUCCCAGAAAAGUUCAGCAUAGAUUUAGAGAAGGGACAGGAAGCAAAGGGCAACUUCAUAGCACUCUUCAAGACUCCUAAUCUAAGAAAAAGAACUCUGAUUCUUUCUUAUGUGUGGUUUUCUAACAGUCUGGUCUACUAUGGCCUGUCUUUGAAUACAUCCAACCUCGGAGGGAACCCCUAUGUUAACUUCUUCAUAUCUGGAGCAGUGGAGAUUGUGGCCAAGGUGGUAUUGAUAACUAGCUUCAUGUACAUAGGAAGAAGAUUGCCAUUUUCUAUGUGUAUGCUCUUUGGAGGUGUUUGUCUCAUAGCAACCAUAGCUGUACCCUUAGAUAAGAAUGUAAUCAUUGUUGUGUUGUCAAUGGCUGGUAAGCUUGCUAUUGCGGCAUCAUUCGAUAUGGCUUGGAUCUACUCUGCUGAAGUCUACCCUACCCCACUGAGAGCAUCGGGAGUGGGCUUCAACUCUAUGGCUGCCAGAAUAGCUGGUAUUAUAUCAGCUUAUGUGGGAUUACUGAGUGAUGUAAGCAGGGUGUUGCCUCUGAUUCUACUAGGUAUAGUGUCUCUGGUAUCUGGUCUCCUGGCACUCUUCCUACCAGAAACCAAAGGAAAGCCCCUACCUGAGACAAUAGAAGAUGGGGAACAGUUUGGACAAGAUCAUAAAUGCUUCAGCUGCGGGACUAGUGAACAAUCUGGAACAAAGUAUGAUAUGGGGCAUGAGAACAAUGACUUCCAGAAUUUUGAGAAGGAAAAUGCACAACCAGUUGUAGAAACAUUUAAACUCAACAAACUAUAAAUUAAACUAAUUAUUAAUACAAAUCCUCAAGUAUCCUGCAAACCUGUAAAACAUUUAGAUAUUUGAUUAAUACUUUGAACUGUACAAAAUAGAUAGAAAUAAAAAUGAU